CACCCCAGUCAAAGGGUAUGAGAGAGGCGGAGCAACAUUAGACAACUAGCCAGAGCAGACCUUUUGAAAACAGAGGGGUUGUGGAUAAAAAUAGUGAAAAUUUCGGGCUAGACCCAGUCGAAGAGGAGCUGUGCAUUAGUUGUUUCCAUUGUAACCUGGGAGCUAAGACCACGAUGAACGGUGACUCAAGCGCCGGGGUGGUGACGGUCCCCCCGCCCACCACCGCCCCGCACAAGGAGCGCUACUUCGACCGCGUGGACGAGAGCAGCGCGGAGUACCAGCGCGAGCGGAACAUGGCGCCCGACCUGCGGCAGGACUUCAACAUGAUGGAGCAGAGGAAGAGGGUGUCCAUGAUCCUGCAGAGCCCGGCCUUCUGUGACGAGCUGGAGACUAUGAUCCAGGACCAGCUGAAGAAGGGAAAGACCCCCACCAGCCUGCUCGCCCUGCAGCAGAUCGCUGACUACAUGACCACCAGCAUCCCCACCAUGUUCCCAGCUACGCCACAGGGGGGCAUGGCUGCCCUCAACAUGAGCCUGGGCAUGGUGACCCCAGUGAAUGACCUGCGUGGGUCUGACUCCAUUGCCUAUGAGAAGGGAGAGAAGCUUCUGCGCUGCAAGCUGGCUGCAUUCUACCGCCUGACUGACCUCUUCAGCUGGUCUCAGCUCAUUUACAACCACCUGACUGUCAGACUGAACUCAGAGCAGGAGCGCUUCCUGAUCGUCCCCUUUGGUCUUCUGUACAGCGAGGUCUCUGCAUCCAGCCUGGUGAAGAUCAAUCUGCAAGGGGAGAUUGUGGACCGCGGGAGCACCAACCUGGGCGUGAACCAGGCCGGGUUCACCCUGCACUCAGCCAUUUAUGCUGCUCGGCCCGACGUCAAGUGCAUCGUGCACAUCCACACUCCGGCUGGGGCCGCGGUUUCAGCCAUGAAAUGUGGCCUGUUGCCCAUCUCCCCGGAGGCGCUCUCCCUCGGGGAGGUGGCGUACCACGACUACCACGGCAUCCUUGUGGACGAGGCCGAGAAAGUGCUGAUACAGAAGAACCUGGGACCCAAGAGCAAGGUUCUUAUUCUGAGAAAUCAUGGCCUCGUGUCUGUUGGGGAGACCGUGGAAGAAGCCUUUUACUACAUUCAUAAUCUGGUCACGGCUUGUGAGAUUCAGGUGCGCACUAUGGCUAGCGCUGGAGGCCCUGAUAACCUGGUCAUGCUGGACCCUGGGAAGUACAAGGCCCGGCCCCGCUGCGUCGAGCCCGCUGCCGAUGGCUCCAGCACCCAGCCCAAGUGGCAGGUCGGGGAGCAGGAGUUUGAGGCUCUCAUGAGGAUGCUGGAUAACCUGGGGUACAGAACAGGAUACCCCUACCGGUGCCCCGCUCUGCGCGACAAAGCUAAAAAGUACAGUGACGUCGAGAUCCCCCCGUCAGCCACGGGGUACUCGUACGCAGAGGACAGUGAGUCAGGCGCGCGCUCCCCUCUCAAGCACAGCUUUCAGAGGCAGCAGCGCGAGAAGACGCGGUGGCUCAACUCGGGCCGCCCCGACGAGGCCUAUGAAGAAGGCCCGGACGGCGGCAGCCCCAAGGCGAAGACUAAGGUGUGGACGAACAUUACACACGAUCACGUCAAACCCUUGCUGCAGUCUCUCUCGUCCGGUGUCUGCGUGCCAAGCUGUAUUACCAACUGCUUGUGGACAAAGGAGGAGGGGCUUCGACAGGCUGCUGUGGCCAAUCAGUUUGUCCCCCUGAACACAAACCCCAAAGAGGUCCAGGAGAUGAGAAACAAGAUCCGUGAGCAGAACCUCCAAGACAUCAAAACAGCAGGGCCUCAGUCCCAGGUACUCUGUGGACCUGUGGUAGACCGUUCCUAUGUGCAGAGAGUUGCCGUGUGGCAGGAUGUACCUCUGUCUGACUGUACGGACACUAUUGAAGGCCUCGAUCUCUCAGAGCAGGCCAAAAGCCCUACUAAGUCUUUUAGAAAGGGGGAGCUGGUGACUGCAUCCAAAGCCAUCAUUGAGAAGGAGUACCAGCCCCGUGUCAUAGUGAGCAAGACUGGACCAAACCCCUUCAACAAGCUGACUGACCAGGAGCUGGACGCGUACCGCAAGGAGGUGGAGCUCAAGCAGAAGGGGCCUGAAGUACAGGGGGAAGAGUCCUGCACCACACUGCUCUCUUGCCCCUCAGAAGCCCCCACACGUACCCUCAGUCAAGGAGAGGGGGAGGAGUGUCCUGUCUUUGAACCUCCCGCUGCCCCCUCCUUUUCCUCAAACUCCAGCCAGGACACGAGGGCGGAGUCGGGCCAGGGCAGCGCGGCCGCCAGGACACCCUCGGUGGGCGAAAGGGACUCGCCGGGGUCUCCCCAAAAGGAGUUUCACUUUGCUGUCCUUCGGGCACUAAGCACCAACAUGGAGCUCAUGAGCGAGGCUCCAGACCAGUUGCAGGACACUGCGGAAGAGGUGAAAGGGCAGAGCCCCACCCGCACCCCACCCAGCACCCCAAUCCGAGCAGAGGAAGAGUCUCAGCAGGAGCAAACCUACAAGGACGAGAGUGACGCCGCCACUUUAAGACAGACUCUACCCGACCUGACCCCAGAUGAACCCUCCGAAGCCCCCGUCUUCCCCCCCGACGACCCUGCCCCAGAGCAAACAGAGGAGCCACCCCAGCCUGAGGACCAAGAGCCCCCAGCUGCCCCCGAUGCCCCUGAGGACCCUGCAGCGGCAGCGGACCAGGGCAGCGAUGAGUCACCCAGCAAGUCUCCCUCCAAGAAGAAGAAGAAGUUCCGCACUCCCUCCUUUUUGAAGAAAAACAAGAAGAAGACAGAGUCCUAAACUUUUGUGUCUCUCAGGCAACAGGCCACACCUUCAAUUUGAUUAUUCCAUUUGUUUGGCUUAUCUAGUGUUCACCUCUAGUGUGUGCCAAUUAAAAUAAGGAUCAGAUUGCCUAAGAUUUUAACACAGUCGCUUCUAGUGGUGAAUGACUGCAUUAUGUCUGGUCAAGUGCAGUUCUGUGGCUUGUUACGCAUGUAUAUUUAGGUCCACACUCGAAGUGAGCAGUAGACUUAAUUCCAUUUUUUGUAUUACUAAACCCAAUUAACCAUAAAUAUGUAUUGGGAUGUAUCAAAACUGUCUUUUUUAAAAUGGGGAAUGCAAAAAAAUUACUAUGUCAUUUACGUGGUGAUAAUCCAUGAUUUUAAAAAUACGAACAAAAUGCACGGUGCUAAUUCUUCAAAUCCAAUAGCAUUGAACCUUUUUGUUCUGGAGCUACAGGUGAUUUUGGGGUCCAAAGAAGGCGAUCCUUCUCUGUAUUAAUAUAUAGGAUAUCAUGGCCUGAUGCCACAAUGGUAAAAGCAUUAUACUCCAUAUUAAUAUACUCCCAACAUAUUACUUCAGAGAUAAGUAGACUGCAAUUGCUGAUUUUUCUGGAUAUUUUCAGGAUUGGAAGAGCACUGAGUUAUAAACCACAUGGCUCCUUAAAAAAAACCAGAACAUUUUAUCAUGAAGGAAAUUGUUUCUAUGGCUUUAGUUACUAUGACACCUAGAGCAUGGCAGCAAUGUUUUACCCUACACUCCCAUUUCCCAAAUAUUAAUUUUUAAUUUUCUUAUCUCUCAGAAACAUGUGGCUUUCUAUUUGCCAUCAUAUGAGAGAAGUACCUGUGGGAAUUCAAAAUGGCUGUCGGAAUCUCCAUUUUGUUUCUUUAGAUAGGUUCAUAAUCCGUUUGGCUUUUUUGGAGAUAUUCUUGUGCUGCCUUUAUUGCGUCCUGAGCCAUCAUCUCUCACAAUUGAAAAUUUGUUCAAAAUAUGCUGUAAGCAUUAGAAAAACGGUGGUACAAAGGCAGUGGUCUACAUUCACUGUGUCUCCAAACCGAUGGUUUCUGAAUGCAAUAAACUGGUUGGUUCAUCUUUUGAAGAGCAUGUACUGCGCAAAGCAUUGGUAGCCAAUAUUAGAUUUCAGUGAAGAAUAACGUGGUGCCUUCCUGUGUCUGCACGUCCAGCUCAUGUUAGUUUAUCAGUUCUGGGGCUUUCACCAUCUUGUUUGGCUAUGUAUAUGAUGCCAGAGCAAGACUUGGCUGAGUACACCUCAAAUAUGCACUAGCUGUCAUAGUUUAGCCCAUCCCUUUUUCUGGCGUUUCAGUGAUAAAUUAACUGGCAAAAGUCCAAGCUAUAAAGUGGAUUGCAUUUUACAGCGUGGACAUCGGAAAAUUUUUUAAAGGGCCUGCUGUCCCACUGCACCACCUGGAUUUUCACUGAACUCCGAAACUCCAUCAUAAAAGAGUUUAAUUCACUUCAAAAUCACUUGGACACAGUAAUGCUACAGAGGCAAAUUAACACUAUGACAUACAUGCCAUGGGCAGGCAUUGACAUCGGACCAAUGUCGAUUACCCUUGAUCAUUGUGAAGCUUGGUAAAAAACCACUAUAAAUCGGUUAUACGUUUUGUGCAAAACAGCAACAUGUUUUUGAAGGACUGCAUGGCAUAAAAGGCUUAAAGCUUGUAUAGUUUGUCUUUGUACAUUGACUGCAACCCUCUUUCCUUUGCUAUAUUGUGCUUUAUUGACAUGUUUAAUUAAUAACAAUACUAAGCCACCUGUCGGAUUUCAGUUGAGUCACUUAGAUGUUGAGUUCUGUUUUAUGAACGCAGUUACUUUAAACCUUGUUUGUAUUAUCUGCACUAUUUUCAAUACAUCUAUGUGCUAUACCAUCCCUUCCACAUUUUUCAUGGCACUGUUUUAUUUCAUCCAUGAAUAAAGAACUUCAUUUGAAACCA